AUGGCUACCAAGAUCCCAAAUAAGAAAUUUAGGAAAUGUCAGUGUGAGACACACCAUACUAAGAGCAUCCUGUGUCAGAUCCUUAACAAAGAACAUGGAAGUGAGACCAAGUGGCACCAGCAGCAUCACAGUCCCCACUGCUCCACAGGAAUCAAGGACUGUUCUUGCUUGGGUAGGAGAAGAGUUGUCCUGAAAACACCAGAAGCCAUGUGCAGAAGAGCUUCUGGAGUGCUCUUGAAGGCUUCAAUUUUUAUUAGAAACUUGCCUUCUUUUUAUCACAUGCCUUUGGAUGAUCAGCUUGUUCUCAUACAGCAGAACUGGGCCCCUCUUUUUGUCCUGGACAUGGCACAAGAAGGGGUGGAUUUUGAUCUGAGAGAGAUUUCAGUCCCUAGUUUAUUGAAAAAAAUCCUCCUCAAUCAGUCUUUGACAGCUAACAAUGAUCUGGGCAGCUCAUCACCAGGAGUGUCUUUGACAAAAGUUCAGAAGAUGAAGAAUCUCUUGUGGAAAUGCUGGGACCUGGACAUAAGUGCAAAAGAAUAUGCCUAUCUUAAAGGAAUUAUUCUUUUUAAUUCUGGAUGCUGUGUCCUAAAAUGUCUCCCAUAUGUACAAACACUGCAGCAGGAAGCUCAGCAAGCGUUGAUGGAGUUUGUCUCAACAAUGUUCCAUGGAAACCUGGGCAGGUUUGCUUCGAUUCUUCAGCUGAUCACCUCUCUUCGAGACAUUGAUGCAGAUGCUAUUGAAGAGCUCUUCUUCAGGCCCAUUGCAGGAGAGGCCAUCCUAAACAUAUUACUUCUAGAAACACUACAUAUCAAGCCAGUCUGCCUUUGA